GGCCCACUCAGGCCUAGCUCCCCAGGCAUUGCAAGGGGAUUCUUCUAUCCUGCAAACGGAUCCUCCUUCACCCUUACCCUCGGUGUUCAGUGCAGAAUCCGCUUUAGUGGAGGAAGGUGAACACCUGGAUAGGGAAUUUUCUGAUGAUGAAGGCCUCCCUAGAGAUCAGCCUACCGCCCCUGGGCUAUUUAGGCAUGCUCUUUUUAAAUCAUUGCUGUAUAAGGCCAAGACCACCACCCACAUGGGGGAGGCGGCUUCUAGGGAAAGUACAGCUGUAGGUCUGGAUGCCACCGAGCGUCUUUUCGCUGAGCAGGUGGCCUUACAGGAUGUUAUUCCAUGUCCCAAACUCUUUCUUGAUUUGAUCCAGAAGCAGUGGGAUCAACCGACUGCUGCUAAUCCUCCCAGGGCAGGGGAUAGGAAGCUAUACACGUCUACUCCAGAAUUGGAGGGUCUCCUUCAGUUUCCCACCGUGGAUGCCCCUAUUGCUGCUCUUGCUUCGCCGGCAUUAAUUCCAUCUGAGAUUUCAGAAGGGUUAAAGGCUGAGGAUCGCAAGGCCGAGACGGUCAUUUGCAAGACUCAUCAAGCUGCGGCUUGGGCCUUACGCUCAGCUACUGCAGCUUCCUUCUUUAAUAGAACUUCCUUAGUUUGGCUUAGGCAAUUACAGGAUAGACUGUACCCGGAUGAAACGCGCCUCCAUCAGGAUGUCACCAAGCUGAUGGCAGCAUUGGAAUUUUCUGCGGAUGCCACCCUUAGCGCAGCAAAGUUUGCAUCCCGGGCCGUAGUUUCUAAUGUGGCUUCCCGACGCUUGCUCUGGCUUCGCCAUUGGCAGACUGAUGUCAAAUCCAAGUGGCGUUUAGCGUCUACGCCCUUCAAGGGCGGAGCCUUGUUUGGUUCAGUGCUGGAUCCCAUUCUCAUUGAGACUCGGGAUAAACGCAAGGUCCUUCCCUCUAUCAGUGCUCAUAUCAACAGAAGACAACAGCCCUACAAUAGGCGGCAUCCCUUUCGGACUGGGGACUCGGGUUUCGCCCCCGCUCCCUAUGUCCCCAACUACACCAGGGGUUUUUUCGAGGCACAGGAUCGUGGCCAGGACCGAGCCGGCACCAGAGAUAGGGGUCGCCAGCAGGGUCAGGCGCAGUCCCAGAAUAGGAGGUCUUUCCGAGGAACUAGCAUUCGGUCCUUUCGAAGGUACCGGCGACUUGCAGGAGGUAGGACCCAUAGGGGGGCGUCUCUUGGCCUUCGCUCAUCAGUGGGCGGAGCUCACAUCAGAUGCCUGGGCGCUUCAGGUCGUGACCCUGGGUCUCACUCUAGAAUUUCUAUCCAUCCCUCCGAGAAGGUUCAUCAGGUGCCCCGUGCCCAGGUGAGCAUCGAAGCGGCGCCUCAUGGAUGCUGAGAUACAUCAUCUUCUCACCAUCAGGGCCAUAGAACAAGUACCCAAGGGGUAGGAAGGCCUUGGGUUCUAUUCCAUCUUGUUCCUAGUACCAAAGAACUCCGGGGGAUGGAGGGCAAUCCUAGAUUUGAAACGGCUCAAUCAUUAUAUCAAAUACCAAAAAUUCAAAAUGCAGUCUCUCAAGAGCAUAUUGGUCUCCAUCCGCCAAGGCGACAUGAUGACUUCCAUAGACAUCAAAGAAGCGUACCUCCAUGUGCCCAUUCAUCCGGCACAUCGGAAGUUCCUGCGGUUCCACUUCAAUAGCCGCCAUUUUCAAUAUCGGGCCUUACCCGUUGGCCUGUCCUCGGCCCGCGCACGUUCACCAAGCUCUUGGCCGUGGUAGCAGCCUCCCUUCGUUCGAGUCAGUUGUUAUUUAGACGACAUAUUGGUGCUGUCGCAUUCCCGGGACCAGGCCCUGCAAGAUCUACAAGUCACGAUGGACUUCCUGCGCAAUCAUGGUUUUGUCCUCAACUUGCCCAAAAGCCACUUGCGCCCGACUACGUCCCUACUUCAUCUGGGGACCACCAUCAACUCUGUGACGUGCGAAGUUUUCCUGACUCCAGAGAGGUGACAGAGGAUACAACACCUGGCGCGUCAUGUGCUGUCCCAGAGGCGGUUACCGCUGGUGACAUUGUCCAAGCUGCUGGGAAAGAUGAUAUCCUGCAUCAGCGUGGUUCCCUGGGCCAGGUUCCAUGCGCGUCCGCUCCAGUGGUUUUUUCUACCCUUCCAGAGAGCGCAUACCAGUCACUCCCAGAUCAAAGUGCGGCUUCCGAGCAAGGCCCG